AUGCCUGAACCGACGACAGCUACAAGUGGAAAAGUACAACUUAAAAGCAGUUUUAAACCCACUCAAACAAUAGGACCUUUAUAUACAGGUGGAAAAGUAGAUAUUACACCAGAUGAAAAUUUUUUGAUAUCAACUAUCGGAGAAGAUAUCGAUAUUACAGAUAUUCAUAAUGGAAAAAGAGUAUUUCGAUUAAGUGGAGAUGGAGAAAUAAUUACAACAUUUGUUAUAACACCGGAUGGCACUAAACUUGUGAGUGCGAGUAGAAGUUUAAUAAUUAAAAUAUGGGAUAUAAAAACAGGACAAAUAAUUAAAUCAUUUAAAGCACACGAAGCACCUAUAAUAGUAAUGGAAGUUGAUGAUACUUCAACAUUAGUAGCAACGGGAUCAGCUGAUAGUACAAUAAAAGUUUGGGAUAUUGAAGGAGGUUUUUGUACUCAUAAUUUUAGAGGUCACGGAGGAAUAAUUAGUUGUUUAAAAUUUUAUUCAAAAGAUAAUCAUUGGACAUUAAUUUCGGGAUCGGAUGAUUGUAAUAUUCGUAUGUGGGAUUUACAUAGUAGGAAGUGUAUUGGUGUAUUAAAGAGUCAUGUUAGUAUUAUACGUGGAUUAGAUGUGACACAUGAUGGAAAAUAUAUAAUAAGUGGUUCAAGGGAUAAAGUGGUGAAUAUUUGGGAUUUAAAUAAAAAGACUUUAAUCAAUACUUUUCCAAUUUAUGAGAAUGAAGACACUUUUGUGAAAGAAAUGUUUUAUACUGGUGGGGAUAAAGCAAUAACAAAUGAUUUAAAUAUACUAUUUUAUCAAAUUUCGACUGGUCUUUUACGUAUAAAACAAAUUGUGGGAUAUAAUGAUGAAAUUAUUGAUCUUGUUUAUAUUGGACCUAAUGAAUCACAUUUAGCUAUAGCCACUAAUACUGAGCAAAUAAGAUUAUAUGAUAUUAAUUCUUUUAAUUGGAAUAUUAUUUAUGGUCACACGGAUAUUAUCAUUUGUUUAGCUAAAUCUAAUGAUAAUAAAAUAUUAAUAUCUGGUUCAAAAGAUAAUACUGCUAGAAUUUGGGGAAUUGAUUUAAAUUCUCAAGAAAUAAUUAAAUGUAUUGGAAUAUGUAUUGGUCAUAAUGAAGCUAUUGGUACUAUUGCUAUUUCAAAGAAAGAUCUUGUUAAUUCAAAUGAAAAUUUUAGACCAAAAGCUUUAUACACUUAUCAUGCUCAUGAUAAAGAUAUAAAUUCAAUAGCAAUCUCUUCAAAUGAAAAAAUAUUCGCUACCGGAUCACAAGAUAAAACUAUAAAAAUUUGGUCAAUAGAAAAUGGUUCAUUAUUGGGAACUUGUACAGGUCAUAAACGUGGUGUUUGGUUUGUACAAUUCUCUCCAAUUGAUCAUACUUUGGUUUCUAGUUCUGGUGAUAAAACCAUUAAAUUAUGGUCAUCUACUGAUUUUUCAUGUCACACUAAUUCUGUUUUGAAAGUUUCAUUUAUAACUUCUGGAUUACAAUUAAUUUCUUGUGCUUCAGAUGGCCUUCUCAAACUUUGGUCUAUCAAAUCAAAUGAAUGUGUUACUACUUUAGAUAAUCAUACUGAAAAAAUUUGGGCUUUGAAUGUACGAAAAGAUGAAAAAUUUGUUGCUUCCGGUGGUGCCGAUUCUUUAAUAAACUUAUGGGAAGAUUUCACUAUAGAAGAAAUGGAACAUCGCGCUAAAGAAGAGGAAGAUUUAAUUUUAAAAGAACAAGAUUUGUCAAAUUACUUGAAAAAAAAAGAUUAUAAAAAUGCUAUUAUUUUUGCCAUUUCUUUAAAUCAACCUUUUAGAUUGUUAAAAUUAUUUACAGAAAUUCUAGAAAAUAGACCAGAAGGAUCAAAAAAUAUAGAUGAUACAAUUACCUCUCUUUCCAAGGAAAAUCUUGAACAAAUAUUAAAAUAUAUAAGAGAUUGGAAUACUAAUGCAAAACAUUCAAGAACAGCUCAAACUGUAUUAAAUGUCAUUUUGAAAAAUUACUCUUCUCAAGAUUUAUUAGAAAUAUCUGAUAUAAAAGAGUUGUUAGAUGGAAUGUUACCAUAUGCAGAAAGACAUUAUCAACGUUUGGAUCGAAUGUUAACUGAUUCAUACAUAAUUGAUUAUACAUUGCAUGCAAUGGAUCUUUUGAAUCCUAUUAAUGAGAAUUAUGAAAAUCAGAUGGAGGAAUAA